GAAGGUGAGGAAGUCGCUCCGCCCGCGGGUGCCUCAGAGAGCCGCCUGGGAGGGGCGUUACUAGCCCAAUCCGUUGCGGAGCAACGGCGGACGGCGCGUGACGUGCGCAUAGCCGUGUUUGGGCCCGAGGCGCGCGUCCGCGCGCCCGUCCCUUAGCAGGCUCGCUCUCCUCGUUGCCUCCUUGUUCUGUCGCUCUGUCCAGCUAUCCUGAGGAGGACGUUCAGCAGACUCGGCAUCCGCCGACUCCCUCGCCCGCGUCCUUGCUACUGCCGCGGCGAAGAUGGCCUCAGGAGUGCAGGUUGCUGAUGAAGUGUGUCGCAUUUUUUAUGACAUGAAAGUUAGGAAGUGUUCUACACCAGAAGAAAUCAAGAAAAGAAAGAAGGCUGUCAUUUUUUGUCUCAGUGCAGACAAAAAGUGCAUCAUUGUAGAAGAAGGCAAAGAGAUCUUGGUUGGAGAUGUUGGUGUAACUAUAACUGAUCCUUUCAAGCAUUUUGUCUCAAUGCUUCCUGAGAAAGAUUGUCGCUAUGCUUUGUAUGAUGCAAGCUUUGAAACCAAGGAAUCCAGAAAAGAGGAGUUGAUGUUUUUUUUGUGGGCACCAGAGCUAGCACCUCUGAAAAGUAAAAUGAUCUAUGCAAGCUCCAAGGAUGCAAUCAAAAAGAAAUUUCAAGGCAUAAAGCACGAAUGUCAAGCAAAUGGGCCAGAAGACCUCAAUCGGGCUUGUAUUGCUGAAAAGCUAGGCGGAUCCUUAAUUGUAGCUUUUGAAGGAUGCCCUGUGUAGAUCAUCGUUCAGUGCCACAAAUCAAAAGCUUCCAUGUUUAAUGUUAUCCUCUUGCUAUAUAAGUAAAGCAAAUAUAUUUAGGCCAGGGUCUCACUGAGGGGGAGCUAUCUUGUCAUUUGUUAGAAUAAAUUAAAUAUUCUAUAAACAUUUGCAAACAGCCCUAAAUAAAUUUAAAAUAUAAAGUUUUAUUGCUGUGAAAUUAAAUCCUUAUUGGCCAAAUGCCUGUUUUAAUGAGCUGGCUUGUGAAGAUUUUUGCUGAGCUCAUGAUUUUUAGUAAUGCAGUUCACAAAACAGUACAAGGUCAUAUGAAGAGAAUUACUGUGUCUCUGUUAACCUCAGCAAUCACUUUGUUUCUUUAAAGAAUUGGUCAUAAUCUGGUUAUAAUUUUUGCUCAAAUUUUCUAUUCUCUUGCGCUUAACUGAGUAACAGAAGAUAAUUCUCACAACAUGUAUUUAAUAACACUAAUUAACUACAGUAAGAUUAAAUCAGGCAGUCUUUUAAUUCUACCACAUGUGUAAUGAAGACUGUCUCAGAAUUGUGUAUGCUUAUAAUCAGCACAGAUUUUGCAAAGCACUGUUUCAAACACAUAGUUGGAGUACAGGAAGCAAUUCCUCGCACCUGUGGUAAGCUCUCCACCUUAGUCCAGAGACUCUUCUGAGAGUGACCUUGCAUCUUUACAAUCAUGAUGUGUUCUCAGAAUGUGCAGUAUCUUGUAACCAAUUAUAAUGCAAAUUAGGGCUCCAUUGUACUACACUUUGUUAAUGAAAAUAAAACAGUAUAUUGAAAA